CGUGAAUGGUGAAUUGCGUACCAUCCUAUCGUCCUCCAGGCGUGAUGACGGCCGGCGAGACAGUGAGUUGCUGCGCUCGCAGUCGGACGUAUCACACAAGUCAUUGAACACACAGUACGACGGUGUGUCCCGAUCACCAUCACCUUUGCACUUGAGCCCAUACCCCGGUCCCCGAGUCUACCCCACCAACCCCUCGCUGACCGACAUAAACGAGGCACCCGUGGAGAGUUUAGGACCGGUCCUGUCCUCGGAGGCGGGGGUAGGGCCGGCACACGGCCGUGGACCACCGGAACCAGCCGCAGAUGGCGGGGAUACGCACACCGCAACAGACCAGCGUGCGACAGAGCAGGCUUAUCGUGCUGCUACGGCUGAUAACACUGAGAGUAUACCACCACAACAACCAAGCAUGUGGUCACGAGCCAACUCACGCCGACGCCCUAAGGCCCACCGAAAGCUCAGCUCAGACCGGGAGAUGGACUCAGUCUCAUAUGCGACAGCCAUUGCGUCGUUGAGUGG